GUCGGCCCCGGAUUCGUUGUCUGAUAUCAAAACAGGGCACGAGAAGCAGUCCUGAUCUUCCCCCAUCUGGGAGUUUUACGAGAUUGAGUGGGAAUGGCAACAUCCAGCGCAACGACGCCCACAGCUUCUUCACGAGACCCGGCCGCCCGGUGCCAAGCCGUGGACAUGUCAACAUCGUUGCCCCCGCAGAUCCCCCGCAUGACUGCAUAGGGCUGAUUUCGACGCUAGCUGCCCACGGCCGACCUUGGCGAGCACGACCCAUGAGAGCACUAUACGACGUAUAGUGGGUGGAAUUUCAAAGGACACUGCAGGCAGCGAUGGCAUCAUGAUGGAGGCCAGACCAUGUGAGUCCCGUGAUCGUGUUCGCCAUUGUGACUGGACAUCGUGCAACAGUCACCCUUCUCCUUCCUGAAGCUGUUCGCGUUCUUGGGAACGCAACCAAUUCUCUGGGCAAGCCUAACCAUAGCCGAAGGAGGACGUAUAGGACGUCUAGCUGAGUUCCCCGACGACGCUCAGGCUAAACAUAGCGCAGAUUUCACGCGCAGAAUGAGGGUAUUCAGUCGGUCAUCUGACUGGGUCCCAAUUCCGACUAGAGAGCAGCCCACGCGGCGCGCGGCUCUUCUGUGCGCGAACGCUCCCACAGGAAUCACGGCCGUGCCAACGUGCCACUGUCACGCCUCGUUCGCCCGGCAUUCGAUCAAUGUCGCGACGCUCACCAAAGCGUUCUCGCGGGGCGUCUCGUGGCCCGUCCCCCGCAUGGCAGCGCUCGAAAUGGACUAAGACUGCGACCCGUCUCCUGAUCAUCCUGUUUCGAUGCCGGUGGGGCUGCCCCGCGCGCAAGAAUAUUCCCGCGGGAACGGGUAAGCGGAAAGACUCGAGAAACACAUGCUGCGCGCUGUGCGGUAUAAAUGCUGCAGGGAGAGGCAGCUGGGAGAGCAGUAGUAGCUCUCUCACUCUACUUUGCUUGACUCGAUCCAGCCCAGCAGCCAUGGUCCAAUUCACCCGUGCACUCUUCAUAUUUGGUCUCGCCGCGGCGGUGUUGGCGAACCCGACGCCGACGAUCAAGAAGCGGACCGUCGCGGCUGUCGAAUCUGACAUCGCCACCAUCUCGUCGCAGGUUAACACGCUCGACACGGACGUCAAAGCGUUCCCCACCUCGGGGGGAACUCUUCUCCAGGCCCUGACGAUCCACUCGGCUGCGACUACCCUCGGGACGACGCUCACCAAGUCAAACACGGAUGCCGCUGGUUUGACUUUCUCCGAGAGCGACGCGUCCACGAUCCUCAGCAGCGUCCAGGCGUUCGAGCCCACGAUCCUCGACGCUCUGAGCGGCAUCGUCGCCCGUAAAGCCGCUUUCAAUGCGCUCCCCGUCGGUGGAAUCCCCGCUCUGGUCCUGCAGGAUCUCAAGAACCUCAACGCGAGCACGAUCGCCUUCGCGAAUGCCCUUAUCGCGGCCGCCCCGGCCGACAUCAAGGCCACUGCGACCGCCCUCGAGCAGAGCAUCGCGUCUCCCUUUGCGAGUGCCAUUGCUGCGUACAGUUGAGCGCUCCGAAGCCGUUCAACAGUGCUCCGUUCCGUUCUGUUGUAUAUACCAUACGUCGGUUCCAGCCAAUCAAAUGUUAAGGAUGAAUAAGAAUUAUACACGAGUGCUGAAUCAA